AGAAGAUGGUAGAACAUUCAAGUAUGCAAUGAUGUUAUUGAAGGAAUCUGAUUUGAAAAGCAUUUGGUGAGCUCUUAGGAAAUGGACUUAUCCAACCUCCACCACUACAAGGGCAAAUUGCGAAUGCUCGGAGUUCUGUAGAAUUCCAUGACAUUGGUGCAGGAAUAUCUGGGUAUACUUAACAACAGGGACAAUCACCAGGAUGAUGAUCCGUGCCAGGUUAAAUCAUUCAAUGAGAACGAUGGGGAAGAAGCAGUUAAAUGCCUACGUAGAUGUUUUCAGGUAUUAGAACCAGGAUAUCACAUAGCAAGAAGGGGACCGGAUCAUGGAGGUUCCAGCUUCACUCAUUGUCGGCACUCGACGCAGAUUGGGCGGCGAUAUGUUAACCUACGUCAGACAUUAGAGGAACGAGCUCGCGUGGAACUCAUGAGAGACUGUUUGUAUCGGUUGAAAUUAUCAAUCACGUUCGUGCGUGAUUUACAGCAAUUAGUUAUGGAGGAGCAUAAAAUUUUAUAUCAAAUUACGCAUGAUUGUGUCGAUGAAUUUCCUGUUAGUAAAAUUUUCUGCCUUAAUGCUUUAUGUGAAGAUUUACGAACUUUAAUAGGUCAUUGGAAAUGUAUAAAACAAAAACUGCACACAAAUCGGUGGCUACAACCGGUUCUCGGUUCAUUGCAUUUUCAGCUCGACCGUAUAAAAUUAUCAUUGAUACAUUUACAAAACAAAGCUAUAUGGUGGCUAGAAAAGUUUGUUCAGAUAGGUUUACAAGUUUUUGCUCACGGAAAUGUGGACGCCUUAACGCAUGAAAUGAUAUGGAACAUAACUCGUGGUCUCGAAGAUCUGAACCGAAUUAUAAAUGGCUUACAACAUACCUCUCUUAGUGCAGCUAUACUUAAGGUCGGCAGUGUACGUGCGCCUGAUUUGUCAGACUCGGAAUCUCCUUUAGUGGAACUAGCUCGAGGAGAACACUCCUUUGCUGAAAACUUUCUACUAAUUGUGUGCAAUUCGACGAACCUUUUGCGGAGAAAUGACCAUCAGAAAUCGAGGCGAGCUGUCAAGUACAGUCAGAGCAUGAUGAAUUCGGGUAAACCUCCGCGUGGUGAUACACCAGUGCUUUCAAGAAGUGAUUCUUUGAGGAAGUCGGUCUCCUGGGGUGAUUCUGCAGACAGCUCAAUAAAGUCGCAGCUUACAUCAAGGUACAUGGAUUCAUAUUGGAACCAUUUUGGAACCAGUUUAUACAUGAUGUUUUAUGAACCAUGUUGGGUACGGCAGAAGUCGCUUUAUUUCUCCGAGAUUGGUAGUGUUUUAAUGCUCAAUACCACAGUGAUAGCCCUUGUCAAACAUAUGAUUCAACAUGUCUGCCUCAAAGUAUCACCACCUUUAGACAAGGAUUCAACUAGCCAAUCAGGUAGCUUUUUACAUUUUCAUCACUGUGUGUUGUUAUUGUUAUCCAAUCAAAGUGCAUGUUACAUUUCCCACAUGUUAUUAUUGUUAUCCUAUCAGAGUGCUUGUUAGAUUUCACUUAGAAAUUCCUAUUUCUUUUUGAAUAAACAAUAAUUAUUGUUUUUACAUAUAUUUGAAAUAU